AUGGCGGCUGCCCAAGAUGUCCACGUCCGUAUCUGUAACCAAGAGAUUGUCAAAUUCGAUCUGGAGGUGAAGGCGCUUAUCCAGGAUAUUCGAGAUUGUUCAGGACCAUUAAGUGCACUUACCGAACUGAACACUAAAGUGAAAGAGAAGUUUCAGCAACUGCGGCACAGAAUACAGGAGCUUGAGCAGUCGGCUAAAGAGCAAGACAAAGAGUCAGAGAAGCAAGUUCUGCUCCAAGAAGUGGAGAAUCACAAAAAGCAGAUGCUCAGCAAUCAGACCUCAUGGAGGAAGGCUAACCUUACUUGCAAAAUUGCUAUCGACAACCUAGAGAAAGCAGAACUUCUUCAGGGAGGAGACCUAUUCCGGCAAAGGAAAACUGCCAAAGAGAGCCUGGCCCAGACGUCCAGUGCCAUCACAGAGAGCCUCAUGGGGAUCAGCAGGAUGAUGUCUCAGCAGGUCCAGCAGAGCGAGGAAGCCAUGCAGACGCUGGUUAAUUCUUCACGGACUAUCCUGGAUGCAAAUGAAGAAUUCAAAUCCAUGUCAGGGACCAUCCAGUUGGGACGGAAGCUCAUCACAAAAUAUAAUCGCCGAGAGCUGACAGACAAGCUUCUCAUUUUCCUUGCACUGGCCCUCUUCCUUGCUACAGUCCUCUAUAUUUUGAAAAAACGGCUCUUUCCGUUUUUGUGAGAUCUGAGAGCUGCCAGCUUCUGCCCUCUGAACUCUGCUAUCAGGGUCUGGCCGCAGUCUUGAACUCUGGCCCCAGGCUGCUUCAGGUGCUCAGCAGGUGAGAUGGAGAUACAGCCCCGCGAGUUUCUGCAGGGGGCUGGUGUGCCGGGCUGAGCAGAGGACAAGGAGGGAGCCUGUCAUCGGGACCCUGCAGGGACGCCAAGAGCCCUCACGCACUGCGGGUGCAAUCGCGUGGGACACCCGGGCCGGCCUCCCAUGUCCCCCUCCCCCUCUGCAGCCUUAAUGCUAGAUCUGGAGGAGGGAAGAGAAGAAGGGGAGAAGGAGGAUGAAAACAUCCAUUCCUUGAAUAAAGUUGACUGUAUUUAAUAGCAUGAAAUGCAUUUGGUUCCCUAAGGCAUCCCUCUGGGAAUUCAUGUGCCUGUUCUUGAAGUCCAGCUAUCUAGAACUUGAACUCAGAUCAUUCACUUGUUCGCUCAGCAAAGAAUUUUUAAGCAACAGCCACACAGAAACAGAGUGUUCUAGAGGCUGCCAUGGUCCCUCAACGAACAAGACAGACAAGAUCGCACGGGCCCUCAGAAAGGAGGGUGCACCUCCCGCUGGCGGCGGCUCGCAGCAGCGUCUGAAGAGGCCAAGGCGGACGCGCUCUCUGCACACAGUGGCUGGGGUGUGCGCCGUCUCAGGGGCUGGCCCACACCUUUCUCUGUGAGGGCCAGGGCUAAAUAUAACCCAGAGAGUGAAGCCAGUGAUAAGCUGGGGCCUGUCUGGGCCUGAGUUCUGUUGAGACCUGGCGGGUAGCAGGGCCCAAGCUAGGCCCGGCUGGGAGAUGUUAGUGUCUCCUUGUGCUAAAGGCCUGGCUGACCUCACCCACAAAAUCCCAGCCUCCCCCACUAUUUAUAGCCCCAGAGGCCCUGGGAGGGUAAUGUGGGGGCAGAGGAGAAAGUGGAAGAGACGUGUGGAUUUGAACCUUAGUUAAGAGAGUUGGUUUUGAGUCUUGGUUCUGCCGCUAAGGAACCACGUGACCGUGGCAGGUUACCUUAGGCCACUCAGCCUCAACCUCCCUGCCUGGGCGGGCGGGUGAUGGUCCAUAUGUAGACGCUUGUGGAGUCCAUCUGAGAAUCACACAAGAAUGCAAAGUAGCAAGUGCCGCUUCUGUCUGACUGAGCCACAGGCUUCCCAGUCCAGCCACUGUCAGGCCGCUGGCCCUGAGAAUUCCUGGGGCAAACAGCUAGGUUCUCCAGGGGAGGCUGGCCUGGGCAUCGGAAGUUCUGUUUCCAUCUGUUUGAGCAGAGGGUGUCCACGUUAAGGCCUCUGUUAUGAAGUGUCAGAUCAUCCUGGGACCAAGUUAUGAGAGAUUGGCUGCACACCGCAGACUAGUGUGCUGAGUGGGUUCUGAGUUAGUGUGUGCACACAGUUUAUAUAGAUCAUCCUUAAACAGCUCCUGGCCCAGAAGCUGCUCAUUGUAAGUUGUGCUCGCGUGUGUCUUAUUUAUAGUCAAAUUAAAGCUGAGACUAAAGCACAGAUGGGAAAUUCCCACUCAGAUUCCAGCUGUAAGUGCAGCAGAUGGAUGUGAUCAUUUUAGGAUUGUCUUGUCUUAACGUUUUUCUUUACUCCUUCCCACUAAUUGUCAACAUCCUCUUCACGAUAUGUAAAUGUGUGGGCUGUACACUCCCUAAAAUUCUGCCUUUGAUACGUUAUUCCUCUUGCCUCCUUCUGAAAAUAAGGUUGAAUUCGACCCAGUUUGAAACGCCUUCAACAGCAUGUCUCUCAACCCCCAUCAGCCAGCCUAACUUGUCCCCGUUGGGGCUGGCAGUGCGGGAGGCCGCGUCUCCGUGUUCAACCAGGAGGGGGCAGUGCUCACAUUUCAUGCUUAUGGUCUUGCUGUAGACUAUUUCCAUUCAUCCAAACGAAAUGUUCAGCUCAGUCGCUCAGUCGUGUCCGACUCUUUGCGACCCCAUGAAUCGCAGCACGCCAGGCCUCCCUGUCCGUCACCAACUCCCGGAGUUCACUCAGAGUUGCGUCCAUCGAGUCAGUGAUGCCAUCCAGCCAUCUCAUCCUCUGUCGUCCCCUUCUCCUCCUGCCCCCAAUCCCUCCCAGCAUCAGAGUCUUUUCCAAUGAGUCAACUCUUUGCAUGAGGUGGCCAAAGUACUGGAGUUUCAGCUUUAGCAUCAUUCUUUCCAAAGAAAUCCCAGGGUUGAUCUCCUUCAGAAUGGACUGGUUGGAUCUUCUUGCAUUAUAUAUAUAUUUUUAAGCAAACAUGCAAAUGAACAAAGUUCACCUGUAUAGUUUUUGGAAGACAUUUCAUGAAUUACCUUAAUUCACUUUUUAAUUUUUAAUUUUUUUUUAAUUAAAAAACUUUCAACACCAAAAACAUGUUGUAUUGGGGUAUAGCCGAUUAGCAAUGUUGUGAUAGUUUCAGGUGAACAGCGAAAGGACUCAGCCAUACAUAUACAUGUACCCAUUCUCCCCCAAACCCACCUCGCAUCCAGGCUGGCACAUAUUGAGUAGUUCCAUGUGCUACACAAUAGGUCUUUGUUGGUUAUCCAUUUUAAACAUAGCAGUGUGUACAUGACGUUCCCAAAGUCCUUAAUUAUCCCUUCCCUCUGACAACCAUAAGUUAAACAGUAAGGCAAGCUUUUGUUUACUUUGCUGAGCCGAUAGUCAUGGUAUUAAAGUAUUAGAACAGUCUUCAAGGGAUUGUUUAUUCAGAUAUUUAUUGAACACCUACUUUGUCCCUGGCACUGUGUUAGGGAUUUUCAGUGAACAAAACAAAGAUUCCCUGCCAUCUUGGAACUUAGAGCAUGGG